ACCUGACACAGCAGUACAGCAGCCAUACCUGAAGUAAACUGACAAGAGAUGGCGUAUUCCACCAGCACUCUUGCUGCUGGCUGCUUUGGGAAGAUCUACAGGGAGAAGUACAAUGACACCUGGGCUGCAAUCAAGAAGGUGCCACAACACUUAAUCAAGAGGAGAGACCUGGAGAGAGAGUGUCAAGUAUACAAUAAGGCAAUUCAUCCUAACAUAGUGAAGCUUCUGGGUAAUCCAACACUGAAGGACUCUAAGUGGAUCAUCCCCAUGGAGUUCAUCUUUGGAGAAGAACUGGAGACAACCAUCUUCAAAUCACAACAAUCUCAAAUCCAGUUGACUCCAUCUAUAAAGGCCACCAUCAUCACAGGCAUGUGUGAAGGACUACUUUAUCUACACAGCAAAGAUAUUGUCCAUCAGGACCUCAAGCCUGACAACAUCAUGGUAGAGCAUGACACUCACAGAGCUGUGAUCAUUGAUAUGGGACUGGCCAAAUUCUUCUGCAAUGGCCUAAAUUCUGCUAUGGAUAUGGGCAACGAGGCCUACUCUCCCCCUGAGGUCCUGCAAAGGCGGGGCCAGCGAGAUCAGCGCUCGGACGUGUGGGCUAUGGGUAAAAUCAUUGCCGAACUCUGUGCCAGAGUCAGGCUGCACACCCCCAGCGUCUGUCCAACUAAGAUCCAGGAGACCCUCAGUCUCCAAGGCCAGCAGUACUGUAACGCUGUCUGUAGGAUGGUGCAGAGAGACCCCACAAUGCGAGCCACCAUGGCUGGAAUCAUGCCGGAGAUACAAAGGGCAGGGGUAGAUGGCGGUGGCGGCAGCACCGGGAGGCAGAAAAGAGGACAUCUUCUGACACCCUUUCCUCACACUCAGGUAAAAAAUGCAUUGCCACGUCCUCAAGCUCCUGUACAGCGUUCACCAUCUCCAUCGAGAUUUGAGCGCAGUGCUUUACCAAUGCCUGAGGUCAAGACAGUAGUGCCAGCUCCUGUGCAAGCGCCUUCUCCAUCGAGAUGGGAGCAUGCAGCCUUGCCAAAGACUGAGUUGAAGUUUGAGGUCAAGACAGCACUGAGACCACAACCCGCACAGCAGACACUUUCCCUAUCAAGAUGGGAGCGGGCAGCCUUGCCAAAGACUGAGGUCAAGAACUCACCAUCUCCCCUUUCAAAGGUAGACGAGGGUAAUGCUCUGUUUCCAUCAGGCAUAACUCAACCCAGUCAAGAUGUCAUGAAACAGCUUCUCUACAAAGAGGCAUCGAGGGGUCUCCCAUGCCCACUCCCCGCGACGGGAAAGGUGCGAAUCCGCCGCUAUGAGCAAAGGAAUGGGGAAGUGGAGACUUGGGAGCAAAAGGAGGUGGUGACUGAAGGAGGGAGGAUAGUCAAGUUUGAGGAUGUGAUGUUUAACAACAAGACGUAAGAAGGUUAUUGAGAGGUUGUGAAAUAGUUGGGAGUUAAUUUGACUGUGCUUCUCCAGAGCGUGGGCCACUCCCCUUCUGUCCUUCAAUGUAAAAGUCUGACAUGUUUCUGAAAAAGGUGAAAGACUGUAUUUGGGACAGGGGAUAAACUAAUGGAAUAAUUCUAAUGUCCAGUGAAACUACACUAUGUAACCAUACAUUUACGCAUUUUCUUACUACGGUAGACUAAAUGUAUAUACUGUAUGAAUAUAUAUAUAUCUCAACAACAAUGAAAGUUGUAUUGCUAAGAAGGAAACCUAAGGUUGAGUAAGGAUUCAUGAAUGAUGUUUGAAGGACCAUAUCACUUUACAGUAUUGCUACAAUAACUAUCUGUGAACGUUUUUGAAAUCUCAUCCCUCUUGCAAAUCAGUUGUAUCUUUAGCUUGAUAUACAUUUGACUGUGAACAUAAUAAAAAAAUAUAUUUGUUUUGUAUCAUCUAAGACAAGAAGAUCUUACAUUUAGCUUACACUUAGGACUUCUUCUUCAUUUUUCACAAAUAGAUGCUGUGUUAUAUCCUCUUUACAACAACAAAAUGGCCUCUCUUCAAGACUUUGUCAACCAGAGCUGUGUUCAGCUACAGACAGGGUAUCCAACUCACAGUUCAUCCACUUCAUCCCAUCAGAAGGAACUUCAACACAGGUGUUUGAGUAAUCCUUUUUUUUGUAUUAAUCACCUUAUUAAGGCCAAUCUGGACUGUGCAGACUUCAUUGAGAGAGGAGAAACUAAAUCAGAAAUCCAGUUUUACAUUGUCCUUGACCUUGUUACAUUUUCAGUGCACUGCGGGGAGCUCUAUCUUCUGGAGCAGUCGACGAAGUGAAAGUCUAGUUACACAUCAACUGAAGCAAACUAAAGAGCACACAUACAGACAUGAUAAUACAGUAUCAUGAUUUGAUAAGCCGCUGCAUGAACUUUUAAAAGGUACAUAGUGCAUAUCAGUGGCGGUCGUGCCGUUUUAGAUCAGGGAAGACAUUUUUAUUUCUAUUACAGCAUAUUGAAUGACUGUCAUUCAUAUUCCAUUCACCGAGCUCAAUGUAACAUCGAUAGGUUUAGGCUACUACAUGAUACUGGAAAAUUCCCUAUAGCCAUCAUGAGGUUGCUACAACCUAGCCUACGAAAAAAGUUUACAAAGUAGGUGUAAGGGUUAUCGUCCUCCUCUUCUGAGGAGGAGUAGCGAGAAGGAUCGGAGGACCAAUGCGCAGCGUGGUAAGUGUCCAUAUUGUUUAUUUGAAAGACAAACUGAACACUAAAAUACAAAAACAAUAAACGUGAACAAAACUGAAACAGUACCGUGUAGCUAUAAUGAGAACUGUGCUGACACCAGCAACUAACAUAGACACUGAAACAAUCACCCACAAAACCCAACACAAAACAGGCUACGUAAAUAUGGUUCCCAAUCAGAGACAAUGACUAACACCUGCCUCUGAUUGAGAACCAUAUCAGCCCAAACAUAGAAAUAGACAAACUAGACAUACAACAUAGAAUGCCCACUCAGAUCACGUUCUGACCAACCCCUUGACUAAACAAACUCCUCCGGACUGAGGGGCAGCUCAGGACCGAGGGGCAGCUCAGGACCGAGGGGCAGCUCAGGACCGAGGGGUAGCUCAGGACCGAGGGGUAGCUCAGGACCGAGGGGUAGCUCAGGACCGAGGGGUAACUCAGGACCGAGGGGUAGCUCAGGACCGAGGGGUAGCUCCAGGGCUAGACCUUGGUCUCUACACAAUGAGAUACUGUCUGCUGUGAAUUAUAAGUAUCUUUCAUACAAAAUGUUACCUUGUGACCCAUUCCAUACAUCUGUUGUUUGUCAUGAACAUCCAGGAGGACGGACUUUGCUAUAAAAUGCUGUGGCUCAAAUCCACUUGUUUAGUUCUCAGUGAUCACCUCCAGGGGUGAUUACCGACCAGCUCCAUUACUGCAGUAAUUAAAUAAUAAAGUUAGAUUGUUUUGAAGAAACUGCCCUGACCAAGGCCCUUCUCCCCCGAUUUCUCAGUUUGGCUGGGCGGCCAGCUCUAGGAAGAGUCUUUCUUGGUGGGUCCAAACUUCUUCCAUUUAAGAAUGAUGGAUGCCACUGUGUUCUUGGGGACCAUCAAUGCUGCAGACGUUUUUUGGUACGCUUCCCCAGAUCUGUGCCUCGACACAAUCCUGUCUCUGAGCUCUAUGGACAAAUUCUUCAACCUCAUGACUUGUUUUUUGCUCUGACAUGCACUGUCAACUGUGGGACCUUACAUAGACAGGCGAGUGCCUUUCCAAAUCAUGUCCAAUCAAUUUAAUUUACCACAUGUGGACUCCAAUCAAGUUGUGGAAACAUCUCAAGGAUGAUCACUGGAAAUAGGAUGCACCUGAGCUCAAUAUCGAGUCGCAUAGCAAAGGGUCUGAAUUAUUCCGUAAAUAAUGUCUGUUUUAAUAUUUAAUGCCUUUGUAAAAAUGUCAAAAAAAUGUUUUUGCUUUUUCAUUAUGGGGUAUUGUGUGUACAUUGCUGAGGGAGAAUUUAAAAAAAAAUUUUAGAAUAAGGCUGUGACGUAACAAAAUGUGGAAAAAG